AUGUCGCAAUCAAAAAGUGAGAACAAAGGAGCCGGAGAGCCGCUUUCCUUGGAUCGCGUAGGCGUAAGAGUACCUCCUUUUUAUCCAUCGAAACCCAAGCUUUGGUUUGCUUCGCUGGAAAGCCAAUUUGUUCUAGCUGGAGUUACGUCAGAGGCGACGAAAUACCACUAUGCAGUAUCGCAUCUAGAACCUCAGUACGUGGAGAUCGUCGAAGAUAUUAUCGAGGCGCCAGCUACGGCAGAUAAGUAUGAGACGCUUAAAUCGGAGCUCGUAAAGAGGUUGUCAGCUUCCCGCGACAAGCAGGUCCAGCAACUACUUCAUCAUGAAGAAUUAGGAGAUCGCAAACCAUCGCAGUUCCUGCGGCGGUUAAGGGGAUUAGCUGGUUCUGAGGUGCCAGACGAUUUACUCAGAACUCUCUGGGCCAGCCGUUUACCCAACAGCGUACAACCCAUCAUUGCGUCGCAGGCUAGGAUGAAACUCGAUGAGGUCGCCGAGCUAGCUGAUCAAGUGCUGGAUGCAGUAUCACCGAAUUUGCAAGCAGCAGGAGUUUCCACAAAACACGAUAGUGGGUCGAGUGAGAUUGCUGCGUUAACACGACAAGUCGAAGCGCUAGCUGACAAGGUCGACCGUAUGUCGCGGUCAAAGUCAAGAACCAGGCAGUCUUCAAGUCGUCGUGGUCGCUCUACGUCAACAAGAUCGCACUCGAAUUACAGGAAGUUCCCGACAUGCUGGUAUCACUACAAGUUUGGUGAUAAAGCAAAAAGAUGUGUCAAGCCGUGUGACUAUACGGGAAAUGCGUAA